AUGACGACGACUCAAGACAAGAACGCCUUAUCAUCGGAGGCUCCACUUGCCCCCGUCACCGUCGAACGCAAUGUUCGCUCCGACCUCGACACCACACUUCCAAAGGCUUAUAUUCAUACUCUUGUGUUUUAUCUGCCAAUUAAUCACAAGCCUACUGAAAAUGUUGAUCUUGAUAAUGCUUCUCCAAAAGAUGGGUUGGAAAGGAAAAAGGUCUUGGGAAGGAUGAACAAGCAAAGUUUUAUGGGUAAACUGGCUCUCAACAUAGACACUAAAAUUGAACAUUUCUUCAGGAACUUCAUUGUUUGUGCAUCUGUUAUGUUUUCUCUAUCAAAUAAUUGGGAAGAGGAUGAUUUUUAUACUGUUGAAGAAAAUAUCCAAAGAAAGAAACUUGAUGUGGAGUUAGAGGAGACAGAGGAGAUUGCUAAGAAACGAGAGAUUUCAAACAGUAGCUCGACAAAGAAGAAGGCAAAGAUUCCAAUAGCUUCAGUUUUCGGGAAUGAUAGUGACGAAGAACAGUGA